UAAUCCAGCACUUCCGGUCAACUUUACUUGAAAAUUCUCUGUGGCUUCCUCCCUCACCUCUCCCUCACCUCUCAACUCACCUCUCAGCCUCCAACCUCCUCUCCCAUCCUAUAUAACCCCACUCGUCUUACAUCUUUCUGUUCUCCCAUCUUUCCUUCUUCCUCAAUCCUUCAUCUGGUUUCAAGUCUUCUUUUCUACUCAUCCUUUCUUAGAACAGCCAAUUGAGACCUCCAAGCAAGGAGCUAUCUCGAUUGCUCACUAUGGACCCGAAGAACCUUGAAAAAGAGCGUGAGCCGGAAGAGCCUCGCUACCUCGACUUCCCUCACCUUCCAGAUGGCACCAUGAGGGACGGAGAGCUCGCCUUGAACAAGUACUCAUCCACUCUCACCAAGGACCACGACUUUCCGGGCGCACAGGCAAUGCUCUACGCGGCCGGCGUCCCGAAUAAAAAAGCGAUGAAGACUAGUCCACAAGUUGGUGUUGCGAGUGUGUGGUGGGAAGGCAACCCUUGCAACAUGCACUUGCUUGGUCUGGGGAAGGAGAUCAAGAAGCAUCUCUUGAACGACGGAAUGUUGGCGUGGCAGUACAACACCAUUGGUGUUUCGGACGGCAUUACUAUGGGCGGAGAAGGAAUGCGAUUCUCCCUCCAAACCCGCGAAAUCAUCGCCGAUAGUAUCGAGACCGUGACAUGCGCCCAACAUCACGAUGCCUGCAUUGCGAUUCCCGGUUGUGAUAAGAACAUGCCAGGCGUCAUCAUGGCUUUUGCUCGUCAUAACCGUCCAUCAAUCAUGGUCUACGGUGGGUCGAUCAAGCCUGGCUACAGCGAGACUCUCCGUAAACCAAUCAACAUUAGCACCUGCUACGAAGCCCACGGAGCAUACAUCUACGACACGCUGAAGAGCGAGGCCAACGAAAAGCUCACUAAGGAUGAGAUCUUGGACGAUAUUGAGCAGCAUGCGUGUCCGGGCGCAGGUGCUUGUGGUGGCAUGUAUACGGCCAAUACUAUGAGUACUUCAAUUGAGGCCAUGGGUCUCUCCCUCCCCAACUCCUCCACCACUCCUGCCGAAUCCCCCGCCAAAAUGCGCGAAUGCGCCAAAGCUGCUGCCGCCAUAAGGAUCUGCAUGGAAAAGAACAUCACGCCUUCCAAACUCCUCACAAAAGCCUCUUUCGAGAACGCUCUCGUCAUGAUGAUGGUACUCGGGGGUUCUACAAACGCGGUGCUGCAUCUCCUAGCUAUGGCCGGUAGCGCAGGCGUUCCCCUCACACUCGACGAUUUCCAGCGCGUCAGCAAUAAAGUCCCGUAUCUCGCAAACCUGGCACCUAGCGGGAAACACUAUGUUGCAGAUCUGUUUGACAUUGGUGGCAUGCCAUCGAUCAUGAAAUUGCUGGUCGCAGCAGGCCUACUCAACGGCGACAUCUUGACCGUAACGGGGAAAACGCUCGCCGAGAACAUCGAACCCUUUCCGUCUCUCCCUCAAGACCAGACCUUCAUUCUCCCUCUCUCCAGCCCCAUAAAACCCACAGGCCACAUCGAGAUCCUCCGCGGAAACCUCGCACCAUCCGGCGCAGUCGCCAAAAUCACCGGAAAAGAAGGCCUGAAAUUCGUGGGCAAAGCCAUGGUAUUUGACAAAGAAACCCAGCUCUCCGCCGCAUUGAACGCAGGUAAGAUCCCGCGCGGAGAAAACAUCGUCAUCGUAGUCCGCUACGAAGGCCCUAAAGGCGGACCCGGAAUGCCCGAGCAACUGAAAGCCUCAGCUGCGCUCAUGGGCGCGAAACUCUCGAAUGUGGCCUUGAUUACCGAUGGGCGGUACUCGGGUGCAAGUCACGGGUUUAUUGUUGGACACAUUUGUCCGGAGGCGGCGAUUGGGGGGCCGAUUGCGGUGGUGAAGGAGGGGGAUGUGAUUACGAUUGAUGCGGAGAAGAAUCGGAUUGAUAUGGGUGUGUCGGAGGAGGAUGUUAAAGAGAGACUGAAGAGUUGGAAACCGCCGAAAAUGCCGGUGACCAGGGGCGUGUUGGCGAAGUAUGCGAGGUUGGUUGGGGAUGCGAGUCAUGGGGCUAUGACGGAUCUAUUUUGAUCUCUAAGCAUCCAAAUACAUACCCGCCCGUAAUACAAAACUUGGGGAGGAUGCAAUCUGAUACGGCAUUAACCUGGAAGAGCGCGGGUA